CUGGUUCCGCGGGCGGGGCAGAGAGCGGGUCUCGGAGUCGGAGGGAGAAGGACGUCGCUGGAGUAAGAAGAGGAAAAAGGAGCUUCGUUUUGGGGGGAGAUGGGGGUCCUCCUCCGCUGGCCCCCCCUGAUCCUGGGGGCGGCUGCCCACCUGCUGCUGCUCCUGGACUGCGCAGGCUCCACUUCUCACUCCCUGCGCUACUUCCACACAGCCGUGUCUGAGCCUGGCCAGGGGCUGCCCCAGUUCAUUGCUGUGGGGUACAUGGAUGACCAGCAAAUUGAUCAGUACGACAGUGACACCAAGAAGGAUCUGCCUCGCAUCCCCUGGAUAAGGAAGGUGGAAAAGGAGGAUCCUCAGUACUGGGACAUAGAGACUGAGAAAAGACAGGGCCAUGAGCUGGGCUUCAAGAUAAAUCUGCAGACUCUGCGGACUCGCUACAACCAGAGCGGAGGGAUCCACACCCUUCAGUGGAUGUACGGCUGUGAGCUGAGUUCAGACGGGCGCAAAGGAGGAGGGUAUUGGCAGUUUGGCUACAAUGGGAGAGACUUCAUCGCCUUCGACAAGGAGACCCUCACCUGGACGGCAGCCCAGACGGAGGCCCAAGUGAGCAAGAGGAAGUUGGAUCCUGACUUGGCCAGGAACCAGUACUGGAAAGCCUACCUGGAGGAGGAAUGCAUUGAGUGGUUGCGGAGAUACCUGGACUUUGGGAAGGAGACUCUGCUGAGGACAGAGGCUCCGGUGGUGAAGGUGACCAGGAAGGCAGACUAUGACGGCCUGGAGACCCUCGUUUGCCAAGUCCACGGCUUCUACCCCAAGGAGAUUGAGGCCAACUGGGUGAAGGACGGGGAGGUCUGGCAGGAGGGCACCCUCCGAGGAUUGGUCGCCCCCAACUCGGACGGGACCUACUAUCUCUUGCUCAGCGUCCAGAUCGACCCCGAGGAGAGGGAGCGCUUCCGGUGCCGCGUGGAUCACGACAGCCUGGAGAAGCCUCUGGACGUGGCCUGGGAGAAGGAGCCUGGCUCCACUUCUCACUCCCUGCGCUACUUUGUCACAGCCGUGUCUGAGCCUGGCCAGGGGCUGCCCCAGUUCAUUGAUGUGGGAUACGUGGAUGACGAGCAAUUUGUUCAGUAUGACAGUGACACCCAGGAGAUGCUGCCUCGCGUCCCCUGGAUAAGGAAGGUGGAAAAGGAGGAUCCUCAGUACUGGAACAGGAACACUCAGACACUUCAGGGCACUGAGCUGGUGUUCAGGGGGAACCUGGAAAUUGCUAAGAAUCGCUACAACCAGAGCGGAGGGAUCCACACCUAUCAGCUGAUGUACGGCUGUGAGCUGAGGUCAGACGGGCGCAAAGGAGGGUAUGUUCAAUACAGCUACGACGGGAGAGACUUCCUCGCCUUCGACAAGGAGACCCUCACCUGGACGGCAGCCGAGAUGGAGGCCCAAGUGACCAAGAGGAAGUGGGAUGCUAACUUGGCCGGGAACCAGCACAAGAAGCACUACCUGGAGGAAGAGUGCAUUGAGUGGCUGCAGAAAUACCUGGACUACGGGAAGGAGACUCUGCUGAGGACAGAGGCUCCGGUGGUGAAGGUGACCAGGAAGGCAGACUAUGACGGCCUGGAGACCCUCGUUUGCCAAGUCCACGGCUUCUACCCCAAGGAGAUUGAGGCCAACUGGGUGAAGGACGGGGAGGUCUGGCAGGAGGGCACCCUCCGAGGAUUGGUCGCCCCCAACUCGGACGGGACCUACUAUCUCUUGCUCCAUGUCCAGAUCAACCCCGAGGAGAGGGAGCACUUCCGGUGCCACGUGGAACAUGACAGCCUGGAGAAGCCUCUGGACGUGGCCUGGGAGGAGGAGCCUGGUGAGAGACAGACAGACAGACAGCAGGGGAAGGGGUGGGCUCUGGGAGGGGGAUUUCCACCCAACUCCUCCCUCCAGCAGCAGCACAGCUUAGAUGGGGAUCCCCAGUUGGAUCCUGUCUGUGUCUCCGGAGACAAGCAUAUAAUAUUUAUUAUUCCUGUUAAAUCAUAUGCUUAUAUAAUUACUUGGUUAACUACCAUAGGUAACAAAUAAUAAAAUUGUCCUUGU